AUGUAUACUUGUCAGGUAUUACAGUCAAAUCUCGCUGAAGUCACCGGUACCCGUUCGCUCCUCGAAAUCAAGCAGAGUCUGGUUGCGCCGAGCCUGUCUGCCCCCGCCUCACUCCACUGGGCACUCACCCUAAACCCAUCUAUCUAUCUAUCUAUCUAUCUAUCUAUCUAUCUAUCUAUCUAUCUAUCUAUUCUGUUGAGACAUCGCCUCGUCACUUAUCUAUCUAUCUAUCUAUCUAUCUAUCUAUCUAUCUAUCUAUCUAUCUAUUUAAGCAGCAAAUGUUUAUUUAUCUAUCUAUCUAUCUAUCUAUCUAUCUAUCUAUCUAUCUAUCUAUCUCAUUCCCAACCUUACAUGUCACUAAAUUUUUCCGCCAUUCUUUGGUCUGAACGUUUCUUCAAAAAAUAUUCUUUUUCCUCAAAGAAACUUCGAUCUUUUCAAUGGUUUUCUUCAUGCAUUGUUCUUUCUCAAACGUGUAUCCCUACAGUAAGUGAGCAACAUCAGGCUUUAUUCUUCUGA